CUCCCAUGUUGGAGCUGCGCUGUGCCGGGUGCGCUCGAUCUCAUCCCAGACGUGACCAACAACGACGCGCCACAAGGCAAAGCAGCGAGUAAUCACCAGCGGGCAUCCCGGCUUAUAAAAGGGCGGCCGCCGCGCUGGCCAACGCCGCUGACAGGCAGUCGCAGGCGCGGCCGGUCGGGCAGAAGUUUCCCCUUUCCGUAGGCGCGGCCGAGUCGCCGAGGCCGAGGCCGAAAACUCCCCGUCCGAUCGGGCCAAAAGCAGAGACGAGUCCUGCUCGCUCCCAAACGGCCGUUUUCCCCUUCCGCGCAUCGCCACAAAUAUCCCUCCUCCUCCCGCUGCUGCCCCUCCUCCUCGGCGUGGUCGCUCGCGGGCGGAGAUCCGGGAGGGGAGAUGGCCAAGAACGCAGGAGGGGUGCUGCUGCCGGUGUCCGCCGAGCCGGGGAAGGGCGACGGCGAGGCCGCGCUCUUCAAGGGCUCCGCCAUGACCCGCCGCGGCGCCGUCGCCGCGCUCUCCUACAUGUCCUGCUCCGUUUUGCUGGUGAUGUUUAACAAGGCGGCUCUAUCUUCAUAUAAAUUCCCUUGCGCGAAUGUCAUUACACUCCUUCAGAUGGUGUGCUCAACGUGCCUUCUCUAUGUUCUGAGACGGUUAAAGAUCAUUUCUUUCACAAAUAGUGAACCGUCAGUACCCUCUGAUUCACUAUUCUUUGUGCCGUUCAGAAUACUGCUGCGCACUUCACCGCUUUCGCUGUCUUAUUUGCUCUAUAUGCUAGCUUCAAUGGAAUCUGUGCGUGGAGUAAAUGUUCCUAUGUAUACAACUCUAAGGCGCACAACAGUAGCAUUUACAAUGACAAUGGAGUAUUUCUUGGCAAAGCAGAAACACACCCCACCUAUAAUUGGCAGUGUGGCUUUGAUUGUAUUCGGAGCAUUUAUUGCUGGGGCUCGAGAUUUAUCAUUUGAUGCUCGUGGGUAUGCCAUUGUCUUCGUCGCCAAUAUAACUACAGCUGUUUAUCUUGCAACUAUAAAUCGUAUUGGCAAAUCUAGCGGGCUGAAUAGCUUUGGCCUGAUGUGGUGCAAUGGACUUGUUUGUGGACCUGCAGUACUGUUGUUGACAUAUAUUCAGGGCGACCUCAAGAAAACUAUUGAAUUUCCUUACCUUUAUUCCCCUGGCUUUCAGGUGGUGCUGCUAUUUUCAUGUACACUAGCAUUUCUAUUGAACUACACCAUCUUCUGGAAUACAAUCCUGAAUUCUGCACUUACACAGUCAAUGUGUGGCAAUUUGAAGGUAUGGUCUCCAUCCAAUUCCUCCACGCGACUCAACAUGCGUAGUAUUUUGAAAUCUUUCAUGAUAUGCUAUUUCUGCAGGAUUUCUUCACUGUUGGACUUGGCUGGGUACUCUUCGGUGGGCUUCCUUUUGAUCUGCUUAAUGUCAUCGGCCAAGGGCUUGGCUUCGUUGGCUCAGGCAUGUAUGCCUACUGCAAGAUCAAAGGAAAAUAGAUAUUGAUCUUUAAGGGACCAAAUGAAAGUAGAUAUUGAUAUGGGCAGUAUGGCUUAACCAAAGUAGCGUUCAUCAUGCUGUUUGCUCCUGCAUAUGGGAGAGAAAAUUUUGUAGGUUUUCCUGGGUGUACAUUUAUAAACUCCAAUUCUCCUGGGUAGAACAUGAAUGAACUGCCAUUGUUUGGCCAUGGAAAUAUAGAAUACAACAAGAUUUCAGCAUCUCUGUACCAUCGUUUGGUCUGUUCACAUCGCCGUAUUUGUCUGAAAUAGAGUACAACAUGUAUUUGUCUGAAAUAGAGUA